AACAGUCCUGCGGGUUGCUGGGGUCGAACUUCAACAGCUAAUGCACCGGAAUAUCCGUCUAUAUAACCCUAAUAGAAUCUUGUCGCAUCGUCGCCUAUAUCAUGCUGUGUACAUUAGAUUAUAAGAUUUACGGAACUAGUUCGAUGACAUAAGCCUAAGGACGGGUCAUAAGUACUUAUGUCAUUAUUUUAUCCUAUGGUCAUCAAGUAAAAUGUUUUCAGAAGUCUGUCAGCUUGUUGCAGUGUUUCUGUUCAGCACGUGUUACGUCAUCUGUAAGCAGCACUCCAGAUUUUCUAGUGAUCCUGUUGGUGCUGUUGGAAUAAAUUUCAAUUCUACGACGGACCUGGCGAUCUUAGACGAAUUAUUACGAACAUACGAUAGGAGAGAGCUACCCACAACUCAUCUGGGUGUCGCCACUAUCGUCACAUGCGAGGUAGACAUCCGCAGUUUUGGUUCGAUAAGUCCCGAAACUAUGGAUUAUGAAAUCGAUUUGUAUCUCAGAGAAAGCUGGAUUGACGAAAGACUGAAGAAAAAGACCCUCUCCCGAAAUCUUGACCUUAAUGACCCUCACCUUAUCAAACGGAUCUGGAAACCUGAAGUGUUUUUUCCUAACGCUAAAAUGGCUGAAUUUCAGUAUGUCACGGUACCAAACGUUCUUGUGCGCGUUAAUCCAUCGGGAAAAAUCCUUUACGUGCUAAGACUGAAACUGCGAUUUUCUUGUAUGAUGGAGCUAUCAAGUUUUCCAAUGGACUUACAAGUGUGUACCAUAGAAUUGGCCUCGUUUUCCAAGACGACGGACGAGCUUCGACUGAUAUGGGCGCAGAGAAGUCCCAUUACUUUGUUUGGUAAUCUGAAACUCCCACAGUUUGAGAUAGAAAAGGUCAAUACUUCUUUGUGUAGGGAAAACUUUCAUAUUGGAGAAUAUAGCUGUCUGAUCGCAGAGUUUUAUCUUCAACGAUCUAUUGGCUAUCAUCUUGUCCAGUCUUAUCUUCCUACUAUCCUCAUUGUGGUAGUAUCCUGGGUGUCUUUCUGGCUGGACAUUGAGGCUAUCCCCGCUAGGAUUACUCUUGGGGUAACCACACUUCUAACAAUUUCUUCCAAGGGUUCUGCAAUCCAAAGUAACCUGCCUCCAGUAUCCUACGUAAAGGCAAUCGAUGUUUGGAUGGGUGCCUGUACUAUGUUCGUUUUCGCUGCUUUGAUGGAAUUCACCGUUGCGAACUUCUUAUGGAGGCGGAAGUGUCGAAACAAAAACCCACAGCUGUCAGCUGCUUCAUGUUCUUCUGGAUAUCAGAAAAGAAUUCUUCCUAUGAAAUGUGGAGCCACGGAUCAAAGUCUCUCACUUAAGAACAAAACAUCUUUUGUCACCAAAGUCUACGCAAGAAGAGUUGAUCAACUGAGUCGGCUCAUGUUUCCUUUGUUGUUUGCCAUAUUUAAUGUAGCAUAUUGGGUUUACUACUUGUGGAAUUAAUGAGUCAAGUUCCAUACCACAGAAAUUCUGCUGAUGCUGUGGUUAAAUGCAUACACGCGCUUUUCACAAUCCAUCAUCAAGACCUUAUUAGCUGUCAGUGAAGGGUUUGCUGGUAUUUAAAGGCAGCUUUCAACAACCUUCAUUAUGAUGAAUUAUCUACAUCUAGUUGAGUGUUGUAAAUCGGAUUGCUACGUGAACAGGUGAAUCAACGAUAAAGCUCCACUAAAGUUGUAGACUUCUGUCUGAAAGGAAUUUUAAUUUGAGUUAUCUCUGUUGCCACACGAAUACACUUGAUUUUUAUAUAAGGCUGCAUUAAA